CAAUGACGGCCGCCGACGUGCAGCCGCGGGAGACGUGCGGCGACCACUGGAAGAGGUGGAAGCCAUGGUUAAUCAAGAACUAUCUCGUGCUCGGGUUCGUCUUCGUCAUCGUCCUGGCGCUCUCGUGGCCGUUGCCCGGCCGAGAGCUGGGUUCCCCCAAGAGCGGUGACUUCCCCAUCGCGCAAACGUGCUGCAUCGUGGUUAUCUUCUUCAUCUCCGGCCUGACGCUCAAGACGGCGGACAUCAAGAAGGCGCUGGGCCAGCCCGCGGCGCUCGCCUACGGUAUUAUUACCAUCCUUCUCGUCACGCCGAUGAUGGGGUUCGUCGUGGUGCAGAUCCCGUUCGAGCCCGUGGAGUUCCGUUACGGCCUCGCGCUUUUCGCUUGCGUGCCGACGACUUUGACCUCGGGGGUGACGCUGGUUACGUCCGCGCUGGGUAACGGAGUGAUGGCGCUCAUGCUGACCGUCACCACAAACGUUCUGGGUGUGUUCACCGUUCCUUUCAUCCUGAACGCGGUGCUCCUCAGCGCCCCCGGGGGCGACUCCGGUGGAACGGACACCGACAUGGCGGAGACUGCCGCGAAGCUCCUCCUGAAGCUGAUAAUCUCCAUCAUCAUCCCCAUGGGGGUGGGCAAGGCGACCCGGGAGUUCGUGGAGCAGGCGCCGAGCUUCACGACAAAGUACAAGACCGAACUAGGGCUCACGAACAACUCAUGCCUCAUCGCCAUCGUCUGGAUGAGCAUCAGCAACUCCAGAGGAAAGCUGGUUCGCGAGAGCGCGCUCAACAUCUUUGUCAUCGUCGUCGCCGGUGUGCUCCUGCAUCUGUUCUUCCUGACCAUGAACUGGGUGAUGACCACUGCCGUGAUGAAGAUUCCGGAAGCUGAGAGGCGGGCGGUGCUGUUAAUGACGUCGCAAAAGACGCUGCCGGUGGCGGUCACCAUCAUCGCAUAUCUCGACGAGGCGAGGUGGGGCGCGCAAGGCUUGAUUGCCAUACCUUGCAUCGUGGGGCACGUGUCGCAGCUCUUCAUCGAUGCGUACAUCGCCUCGAUCUGGGCGGGCCAAGACCCGAAAGAGAUCGACGAGAGGAACGCGGCGAAACGUGCGGGUGUUGGUGCUGAGGAGGCUGAAUCAAAAGUUGAGCGGGGCGCGUCGUCUGAGGCGAGGGUCGGCGUCGCCGCCGCAGGUGGGGAAGUCAAGGCUUGAUCAGAGUUGUUUGCGUUGCUUUAAAGACGAGUUGCUUGCCAUGAACAUUCCGCUAUGCUACU